AUGGCUGGUUGGCAAAUUUUACUUUCUGAGUUUGACAUAGUCUAUGUGAACCAAAAGGCUGUAAAGGGGAGUGCAAUAGCAGAUUUUCUGGCCAGUAGAGCUUUAGAAGAUUAUGAACCAUUAAGCUUUGACUUCCCGAAUGAAGACCUAAUGUACGUUACGACCAAGGAAGAAGGCUCUCAAGAAAGUCACCCUUGGAAGUUGAAUUUUGACGGAGCUUCCAAUACUAUUGGGAACGGAAUUGGGGCAGUCUUAGUAUCCCCAAAUGGAGAUUAUUAUCCUUUCACCAGUAAAUUGGAUUUUGAUUGUACAAACAAUAUAGCCGAAUACGAAGCAUGUAUCAUGGGAAUUCGUGCAGCAAUAGAAUGUGAAUGGGAGACAAGAGACCCUAAGUUAAUCAAUUAUCGAAGGCUAGUUCUUGAGUUAAUCGAGAAGUUUGACGAUAUCACUUUCUGCUACCUCCUACGAGAUGAAAACCAGAUGGCUGAUGCCUUGGCAACCUUACCUUCUAUGAUUAAAGUGAAUAAAAAGGAGGAUAUGAAGCCUAUCCAAAUGAAUAUUUAUGAGGCUCCAGCUCAUUGCUGCAACAUCGAAGGAGAAGAGGAGAAAGAUGAUCAUCCUUGGUAUCAGGAUAUUUUACGAUAUGUGAGAGGUCGUGAAUACCCAAACCAAGCGACUGAGAAUGAUAAAAGGACAUUAAGAAGACUGGCUUUCUCUGGAGGGGCUCUGAUUUUGACCGAGAUUGAUGGUAAAAGCCUGCCUAAUCCUAUGAAUUCAGAUUCAGUCAAGAGGAAAGAGGGGUGCUACAUAUUGGGGCAUCAACAAAGUGCUCUUGGUCUUCUAAACACAUACCGAGUUCAAAGGGUACUCGAGAAGUUUGUGCAACGAAGCUCAUACUGCGAUAUCUAG